AUGCCGGCCGUCGACGAGUCUCCUUCCGAGCGGAAGCAUACGAGCAGUUCCUACAGAGAUGAACUGGCGCACUACAAAGCCCAAUAUGAAUCACUCGAAGCAGAGCUUGCGGAUUUCCAGUCCUCCAGCCGGGAGCUGGAGACGGAGCUGGAGAAAGACAUCGAGGCCUCUGAGAAGCGGGAGCGACAACUUAAGGAGAAGCUUGACACAAUGCGAUACGAGGUCGAUGAGUGGAAGACCAAGUACAAGCAAUCCAAGACGGAAGGAAACAGCGCGCAAAAUACUCUUCAGAAAGAGAUCACCACUCUCCGCGAUGCGAACCGUACUCUACAGCUGAGACUGCGAGAUAUCGAAGUUGCGAAUGAUGACUACGAGCGACAAGCCCGGAACACCACCUCGUCCCUGGAGGACAUGGAGUCCAAAUAUAACAUGGGCAUCGAACGCGGGGUUCUACUGGAAGAGGAAAUGCGAAGCGGGGAGCAAGAACGAGAACAAUUGCGGAUCGAUAACCAGCGCCUUCGGGACGAGCUGGCUGAUCUCAAGAUCGAGGCUGAGAUUGUUCAAGAGAAACUCCGCAACGCCGAAGGACAUGGCAACUUCCGCCGUCGCAAGCCUACGCCUCUGUACCACCGAAGCCCGGCAACUCCGCAGAAUCUUGAGAUCUUUGAUCGCUCGCCUGGCACUGCUACUUCCUCCCCAGUCUUUGCCACGCCUCCGGCUAAACCGUCCCUUGCAUCGGCCGCAGCAACUCCGCCCUCGCCUCCUAUCUCCGAAUCGUCUGGAGCCGCUGGCGCCGAGCCAGUCAACUCUCGAACCCUUCACGCCCGAACCCAGACGCGAACCAGUACUCAGCCACGCCCCACUACUCACUCCCGAACUCCUUCUCUUGCCUAUAGCAAUGGCACCUUCAGCAACAGCAAUGGCAAUGGCCGCUCCACUCCCUCCAUGUCAAUCUCGUCUCGCAAUAGCAUGACAAGGACGAACAGCUCGCGGGUACCGGGUCUUCCAAAGUCUGGAUCCUUGUACCAGAUUCGUGGCUUGAUUGGCAAGAUGCAAAAGCUUGAAGAGCGCGUCCAAUCAGCCAAAUCGCGCCUGCCUGCGCCAUCUGACACAUCAUCACUUGGUUCGCCUCGCUCGGGGUCUGUGGUUGGUGACAGCCCAGUUUCCUCAUCAAUCACCGUCCGCAGGAAUUCCCGUAAAAGGCUGAGCAACAGCAGUCUCGGAUCUUCUGCCAGAGACAGCGAAAGUGCUCCGUCUAAUCAGCCUCAAAGUCGGCAGUCAUUUGGGCGCACAGGCGAGAGUCGCCCGAGUAGCCGAACCAGCUUCUCCAGCCGCAGCUCGUUCAGCCAAAGCGUCCACUCGGGCGUUCCAGUCAAUGGCAGACCCGAAAGUCGAUCAAGCCGCCCCGGUGCCAAAACUCCGCUAGGGCAUUACUCGACAAAUCCAAUGACAGAGAGCCGUCGACCUCGGUCAUCUCUCAGCAACCACGGCGGUCAGCUCCCGAACAUCGCAGGAAUGUGCCUCAUCGACGAGGACCAUGAUCAAGAAGUUCCUACUCCCACUACAUCCCGCGUCACCCAGGAGGUCCGACGGCCCUCUGUGACGGCGACUCCCACCCCCGUAGUCAAGAAGCGAACUAUCAGUGGGAUCCCGGCACCCCGAAGCUUCAAGACCAGCAUCGGACCCGGGUCUAUGCCACCGCCCACUCGCAAGCCCACUGCCAACGACCUGGGAGAGACGUUCUGA